AUGUCUGUUCAUGGACAGGUGAAAGUGCGAACAUCGGCUGAGCAAAAAGCUGCACGCGAGCGUGAACGAGCAGAGAAACUUCGCUUAUACUUAUCCGAAUAUGAAAAUAUUCUAACUAAUCGUCAAACGGCGGACCCAUUGGUUCUUUUAAAAUCAACUGAAAAUGUUCUCAGUGAACAUCCGGACUGUUUUACAUUGUGGAAUGUUCGCAGAGAAGCACUUUUGAAAAUCGAUCACGAACAAGAGAAAGAUUUUCUUGAGAAAGAACUCUCUGUCACACAGAGAUGUUUGCAAUCGAAUCCGAAAUCUUAUUCUUGUUGGUAUCAAAGGCAAUGGUGUCUGAAACAGUUGAGAGAAAAAUUCAAUGUGAAUCUUUACAAAAAUGAAUUGGGAUUAUGUAAAAAAUAUUUAGAGCUCGACGAACGAAAUUUUCAUUGUUGGGCAUACCGAUAUUAUCUUCUUGAACAACUUUGCCCGCCGACAUCAUCGACUGAUUUAGAACCAUUCUAUGAUCAAGAAUUAGAAUUUCUUCAUGCAACCAUCGGCCGUAACCUAUCGAAUUAUUCUGCGUGGCAUUAUCGUUCGAAAUAUCUUGAUAAACUUCUUGACCAGAGUCCCGCUCGUCGCUCGGCAGUUCUCUCAUUAGAAUGGGAAUUGGUUUUGAAUGCGGUUUAUACCGAUUGUUGGGAUCAAGCUGCUUGGUUUUAUCUUCGCUGGUUGUUAUUUAAACAAUUGGGUAGCGACGCAAUUAGUGAAGAUAAACACAUCAAACCAUUAGAGGAGUUGGAUGAAGUUGAACCAAGAAAUAGAUGGUGUAUGUUAGCAUUAUGUCAAUUAUGGAAAGAAAAGAAGAUUCGAGACGAGAAAAGGAAAUGCUAUUUAGUACAAUUGGCUAAUGAGAUCGAUUGUGAUCGAGCGCAGUUUUAUCGAGAUCAAAUUUAA